AGCGGAGCGUGGGGGCGGAGGGGGGAGUUACCACAGACCGACGGUAGCGGCGGCGGCAGUAGUGAGCUUGAGCCGAGCGGCGGGCUCUCGCAAAGGCAGCACAGUUUUCUCUAUGGGGAGCAGCAGCCUUCGGCGGCAGCGACCCCCCGGCUCCUAGUCCCUGAGGGACUCCGCGGCGAGGGCAGCAGUCGCUGAAGGCGGGGCUGGGGGUCCCGGGGCGGCUGCGGCGGCGGCAGGCAGGCUCACGCGACGAGAUGCGCCACCGCGCCGGCGGCUGGCAGCUCCUAUUCGAGUGCUCCUGAAGGGGCGAUGCUACCGUUUGAUCCUCAGGAGGAGCCCUGGGACCAAGAAAUGGAGGUGUUCGGUGGCGGCGCGAGCAGCGGCGAGGUGAAUGGUCUUAAUAUGGUUGAUGAGCCAAUGGAAGAGGGAGAAGCAGAUUCUUGUCAAGAUGAAGUUGUUGUUAAAGAAAUCCCUAUUACUCAUCAUGUUAAGGAAGGAUAUGAGAAAGCAGAUCCUGCACAGUUUGAGUUGCUCAAAGUUCUUGGUCAGGGAUCCUUUGGAAAGGUUUUUCUUGUUAGAAAGAAGACUGGUCCUGAUGCUGGACAGCUCUAUGCAAUGAAGGUGUUAAAAAAAGCAUCUUUAAAAGUUCGAGACAGAGUUCGGACAAAGAUGGAGAGAGAUAUACUAGUGGAAGUAAAUCAUCCAUUUAUUGUCAAAUUGCACUAUGCCUUCCAGACUGAAGGGAAGCUAUAUUUAAUAUUGGAUUUUCUCAGGGGAGGAGAUGUCUUCACAAGAUUAUCCAAAGAGGUUCUGUUUACAGAGGAGGAUGUGAAAUUCUACCUUGCAGAACUGGCCCUUGCUUUGAAUCAUCUGCACCAAUUAGGAAUUGUAUAUAGAGACCUGAAGCCAGAAAACAUUUUGCUUGAUGAAAUAGGACAUAUCAAGUUAACAGAUUUUGGACUUAGCAAGGAAUCAGUAGAUCAAGAAAAGAAGGCCUAUUCAUUUUGUGGUACAGUGGAAUAUAUGGCUCCUGAAGUAGUAAAUAGGAGAGGUCACUCCCAGAGUGCUGAUUGGUGGUCAUAUGGUGUACUUAUGUUUGAAAUGCUUACUGGUACUCUCCCAUUUCAAGGUAAAGACAGAAAUGAAACAAUGAAUAUGAUAUUAAAAGCCAAACUUGGAAUGCCUCAAUUUCUUAGUGCUGAAGCGCAAUGUCUUCUAAGGAUGUUAUUCAAAAGGAAUCCAGCAAAUAGAUUGGGUUCAGAAGGAGUUGAAGAAAUCAAAAGACAUCUUUUUUUUGCUAGUAUUGACUGGAAUAAAUUAUAUAAAAGAGAAGUUCAGCCUCCUUUCAAACCUGCUUCUGGAAAACCAGAUGAUACUUUUUGUUUUGAUCCUGAAUUUACUGCAAAAACACCUAAAGAUUCUCCUGGUUUGCCAGCCAGUGCUAAUGCUCAUCAACUCUUCAAAGGAUUCAGCUUUGUUGCAACUUCUAUUGAAGAAGAGUAUAAAAUCACUCCUAUCACAAGUGCAAAUGUAUUACCAAUUAUUCAGAUAAAUGGAAAUGCUGCACAGUUUGGUGAAGUAUAUGAAUUAAAAGAGGAUAUUGGUGUUGGCUCCUACUCUGUUUGUAAGAGAUGUAUACAUAUGGCUACCAACAUGGAAUUUGCAGUGAAGAUCAUUGACAAAAGUAAGAGAGACCCCUCAGAAGAAAUUGAAAUUUUGAUGUGCUAUGGACAACACCCCAACAUUAUCACUUUAAAGGAUGUUUAUGAUGAUGGUAGAUAUGUUUACGUUGUUACGGAUUUGAUGAAAGGAGGAGAGCUACUUGACCGUAUUCUCAAAAAAAAAUGUUUCUCAGAACAAGAAGCUAGUGAUGUACUCUUUAUAAUAACUAAGACAGUUGACUAUCUUCAUUGUCAAGGAGUUGUUCAUCGUGAUCUUAAACCUAGUAAUAUUUUAUACAUGGAUGAAUCAGCCAGUGCAGACUCCAUUAGGAUCUGUGAUUUUGGGUUUGCAAAACAACUUCGAGGAGAUAAUGGACUUCUCUUAACUCCAUGCUACACUGCAAACUUUGUAGCACCUGAGGUUCUUAUGCAACAGGGCUAUGAUGCUGCUUGUGAUAUUUGGAGUCUGGGAGUCCUUUUUUAUACGAUGUUGGCUGGCUACACUCCAUUUGCUAAUGGCCCCAAUGAUACUCCUGAAGAGAUACUACUACAUAUAGGCAAUGGAAAGUUCUCCUUGAGUGGUGGAAACUGGGACCAUAUUUCAGAUGGAGCAAAGGAUUUGCUUUCCCAUAUGCUACAUAUGGACCCACAUCAGAGGUACACUACAGAACAAGUAUUGAAACACUCAUGGAUGACCCACAGAGACCAGUUGCCAAAUGAUCAGCCAAAUAGGAAUGAUACAUCAAAUGUUGUUAAGGAAGCAGUGGUUGCCACAUACUCUGCCCUGACUUACAAGACUUUUCAACCAGUCUUGGAGCCUGUUGCUGCUUCAAGCUUAGCUCAGCGACGGAGCAUGAAAAAACGAACAUCAACUGGCCUGUAAGAUUUUCUGGUGUUCUCAGCCAGACUGGAUGAUGAAGAAAUGAAAUGUGUGGCUUUAUACCUGAUCUUAAAUCAAUGACAUUGGUUUCUGCUACAUUACUUGAAUAUUCCGUUUAAGCCUCCUUUUUUAGAGGAAGUGAGACUAAAGAAACAUAGACAUAGGUCCACAAUAUUCACACUACAUUGUUUUGUAAUAGUGUCCAAGUGUUUAAGUUCAUAAUUGGUAUCCACCAGGUCCUAGGAUCUUCUCUGCACACUAAAUUCUAAGAUUCUUUUUGAAUAAAGAUACUUUAGUUAUUUUUCUGGUUUCAUACAAUAAUGGUUUGGGGAAUCGUUACCAAUAAUCAAGAUGCAAGUACAAUAGUGUAAUGCCAGGCAAUGUCAGUACUUUUCAACAUCAGAUCCUGAAGGAUAGGGUUUUUUUUUAAAAAGAAAAAGACAAAGCUCUAUUAUAGAAGCUUGUUAUUACGUACAACUAAAGGACUCCACUCAUUUGACUCUCUGUAGUUACUAAAACAUAGACAUAGUAGUUUGGUGCCAGGGAAAAAUUCAUUUAUGCUAAUAUGUGAAGUCCUGAUAUGGUUGGUGCCAACGUUUUUACAAAAGAAUUAAAUCACAGGUAAUGUGCACAGAUAGACCUAUAUAGUAUCCAUAAGUGGCUUCAUCUAGAAAUAAAGGUCUCUAUAAAGCUUCUGCAUAUUUGAUAUCUAAUGGAAUUAUAGUGCAAGUGAAGAAUUUUUUAGCCAAAGGCUUUAUAUCAAUGUUGUAAUCUACUAAAUAGGUCAUAGAUAAGCCUUUGAAAAUAAAGUACAUGGUAUUGACACUAUCUUGGUAUUAUGUUAGCUGACUUUCAAGUUAACCAAUUGGAUUUAAUCAUCAUCUGUCCCCUUUAUAAUGACCUGCACAGUUGUUAUUUGGACUUCCAUGUGCUUUGAAUUACAGUGUAGCAUAUUAAUCUACCUUGAUUCCUAUAGUUAUAUAGUUGAAAUUGUACUGUAGUGGACUUGUAGGCCUGCACACAUGAUAUAGUACAAUGCAUUUCAGUAAAUUUCAGAUAAUGCUACAUAAUAGUUACACUUUAAGAAAAUAAGCUGACAUUUUAAAUAGGAAGUAACACUAAUGAUCUACAUAAAAUUUGAACACGUUUUAAAAUCAUAUUUAUAAAAAAAGAUCUGGCCAAAUUGGUCUUAUUAUUACAUUUAUGAUUUAGAACCACUGUGUAGUAUGUAUUAUUUUCUCUAAAUGGUGAAAUUUUAAAGACUCUUUUUGUGUUGUAGAAAAUACCAUUACUACUACUACUACUACUACUACUGCUACUACUACUACUACUACUACUACUACUACUACUGAAAGAACUCAUGAAUGUAAACUGGUGGGUAUUAGUUUUGUUUAGUGAAUAUAAGUGAACUACUUGUAAGUGUUAAGUAUACUGUUUGUGUAUUUUAUUUUGCUUAGUUCAGAGAGAAAGUUGAUUACUGAGCACUGAAAUACACAAUUUAGGCUAGAAGACUUGUAACUUCAGUAUUUAAUAAAGGAAACUAUACAUAUAUUCUCUUUAUAAUGUGAUAUA